UAAAUAACAACCGUUAAAUGCACGUCAAACUGUCUGCUAGACAGUGCGUUCCGUGAGGUUGAAAGUUUAGUUACAUCCUGCUGCUACAAGGUAUAUCGCAAUGGUAAGUCAAGCAAAUUCAGGUUUUUCUCCUUUAUGUUUCAGCAUUUAUCCUUCCGUAUUUUUCUCGACAAAUGAGUGGUUGCUUGACAUUUCUACUAUGUCUUGACAGGCAUGCUGUGUUUGAGUAGGCGAACCUUGUUUCCUACCCGCGUCGUAGAGUCGGUUACUUAAAAUGUCUAAUCUCUUGCAGUAUUAUACAAACUGUGGUAGUGACUGUACAAUGUUGGUAGCUUGUUAGAUCAGUUAGCUAACUGAUUAGAAACCAGUUUACUGGCAAUACGUAACGUUAGCUAAUUUAGCAAAGAUUACCGCCAAUUUGCGGUUGGCUUGGCAAAUUACUGUAGCUAGAUAAUGACGUUACUGUUAACGUUAGUCUUAGCGAUGCUCUCUAGCAAGUCAGCAAAGAAACUAGAGGAUUUUACCCUGUUUCCAGAAUUGUUCAUAGCGUGUCGGCUAACAACUACUAACCUAGCCACUCAAGGGUUGAAGUAUAGAUUAUGCUAACGUUUAUCUAUGGUUGAAGGUUGCUUCUGGCAUCUAGUAGUACGCUGGAUGGGUAAAUUAGUUAGCUACGAGCUAACUAACGCUAGCUUCAUAGCUAGCAGUAGCUAUAUGCAUUUCUGACUGUUGGCUAAUGUGACUAUACAUAGAACUACAGGAUAAGUUCCCAAGCUAGUUAACUGUACUUCGUAGAUGGCCAGUUGAUAAUGGAUUCCCAGAGAGCUAACGUGAAGGUUGACCUCAGUAGUCAAGUAGUCGGUUAGCUACUUCACAUGUGGCCCAGUUUUAAAUUCCCUCUCCUUUUCCCCCCCCAGGCUGAUCAGCUAACAGAAGAGCAGAUUGCCGGUAAGACAGCAUUGUACUCUUCUGGCCCCUGCCCUGACACGUGGCCCACUGUGGCUCCCCCCACCUACCCUGCAUUGGAUUUAUAUUUUUGCCUUUUAAGGCUUUCGUUGGACAAGCUGGUCAUAAAACACAAGAAUGAAUGGGCAGGCUUUAAACCCUAGUCUACAGCACUCACUCAUGGAAAGCAACACACUUUGCAUUUUUAUGUUUUCACCUCAUAAAUUAUCUAAUCAGAAAGUGAUCAUAAGGUCCCAUGCCUUGAUCAACUGCCAGACUGCUGGCGGCAGCCUUUGACCUGGGUGUGUCCUCUCACUGUUGGAUGGAAUGCAGCUAGCUAGUUCACGGCAGGAAUGCUAACAAUCAAAGUGGGGCUAUGUUCAUUCAGAAUCUUGAGUCUGAACACGAACCAGUGUAUGCAAAGGAAUUGAUGUCCUUUUCUCCAGAAAAAAAAUAAUUGUUACCAAUGCUGGUAUGGAGAAACUUGAAAGCUCAUAAGUGGUCUUCUGAGGGAUUUCCCUGUCGUGGCUCCCCUACAGGACAGCUUAAAUCAUGGGGAUGUCAUGACUCUGUUGAGUGGUGUUGAAGUCCAUGUAGCUGCUUAAGUUGACAUGACACCUGUUGAUUUGGACUUCAGCUUUCAGAAAAUGCUGACUGUUGAGGUUUAUUUUAUAGCGUAUAGGGAUGCACAUUUCGGUCAAUUUCUGCUGAUUAACUGACCCUCAUUAACUGGUCAACAAACAGCUACAUUUUCCCCUAACGGUUAAAUUACUUGAUCAACAGAAAAUACUAUCAGAUCUGUAUAUAAUGUCAAGAUGCUUAUAUUUUUGCCUUAACAAUGGGAGUCGUCCCAAAGCGGGAAGGCAGGCGACAAGCUUAGGCCCAAAAUAAGCUCAUAGAAAGUUAUUGGACUUAUUUUGUGGAGUGAAACCUAUCGCUUCGCCUCUCCUUCUCUGAUACUGUGCAUGCAUACAAGGACCGGACAUUUUUAAUUAAGCGCUUAAUUGCAGUCAAAAGGCAGUAGCCUAAUAAAACGUCAUUUUCAAACAUUUGCCAAAAUGCUUUUUGUGGAAAACUGUUCUAAACAGUGCCCCUAAUGCCAGCAGUUCCCUAUAUAUAGUCUCCCGAGUGGCACAGUGGUCUAAGGCACUGCUUUGCAGUGCUAGCUGUGCCAUUAGAGAUCCUGGUUCGAAUCCAGGCUCUGUCGUAGCCGGCCGCGACCGGGAGACACAUGGGCCGGCGCACAAUUGGCAGAGCGUCGUCCAGAGUAGGGGAGGGAAUGGCCGGCAGGGAUGUAGCUCAGUUGGUAGAGCAUGGCGUUUGCAACGCCAGGGUUGUGGGUUCGAUUCCCACGGGGGCCAGUAUAAAAAUAAUGUAUGCACUCUAACUGUAAGUCGCUCUGGAUAAGAGCGUCUGCUAAAUGACUAAAAUGUAAAUAUGACAAAUGAAAAUCUCUGUUACUGACUUAGAGGGGUACUCUAAAAACAACUACUAUGAUGGGUUACUAAGAUGACUAGGUAAGUUGAUAUGAAAACCAAUAGAACAGGAUAGAAAUGCUGGUUAAUGGCAUGAGGAAGUCUUUAUAAAAUUGCCUCUGUUUCUAUGGAUGGAUUUUCGCAAGGUAAGACAUGCCUAAUUAUUUGAAGUAAAAUGUUCAGGUUUCAAGCUGUUAUACUGCCGCAAGCUGACGUUGCAAAAUGGUGGGUAACAUGCUGAUAGUCAAUGGUAGGCAGGCUUUAGCCUAUUCAUUUGAAUGGGAGGUGCGCUUAAUGAAUUGAGAAGUAAAAAUAAUAAUUUGAUAGUGCCAACAACUUUUUACCACGUGAUAGCGUUUAGUAUUGUUAUUUGUUGCGCAAUGACUGGCCUUGCAAAGGCAGGUUUCAGUCCAGUAGCCUACAGGCGUUUUGAGGAGCUACUCUUGCGCUGUCUGCCAGGUGGUAGGCUAUUCCGCUCUGUAUGCUGUUCGCGUGUGGUAAAUAAAAUGCAUGACGCAUAACAAAUACACAGGUGCCAAUUUAAUUCCACAAAAUUAUGCGAAUUAACCUAUAGACUGAUAAGCAUGCCCAGUCAAAUGUAUUUUCUGCGGCUAAUCGAUUUAACCGUUAACAUCCCUAUUGGUGUAAGCUUUCAACGUCUAAAUCCUGGUUGAUGGUGUUUGCUGAUGACAUGCUGCUUAUCUAGAUGGUUUGAAAAUGUGUCAUUUGUAGGCAAGUGUCCCCUGAGAUACUGUCUUGUACAGAGUAUUUCGAAGGUUAACUGCGUUUUUUUUGUCGGGUAUAGUGGAGGCAAUUACUGUGUUUUUGUUUGUAGACCUGUAAGGGUUUCUUAACACUGGCAGAAGGUAUAUUUAUUACACAGUACCCCUGCAACAAAGGAUUUUCCCCUAUCAAAGGACCUUCAACCGCAGGCCAUGUCUUGGUAUUCACGAUGCUGACAAGCUGCUGCAUGCCACGACUGCUCAACCAGGCUCCUGGCAAACAGCUUGUCAUUCAUUCUACUUCCUGCCCUGACUUUGCCCUGCUGUUCAUGCUGUUUGUCCUUUUUAUUUGUGUAUAAACAAACGGGGCAGUUGGUGUUGGAACACCCAAACGCUUAUGGUAAUGCAGCUAGCUGGUUUGUCAUUUGGAACUUGAGUGAUGUAGUACGUUUUGGGUGUUGCUGGCAUCUGAGCACAAGGAAUGUGAAUGGCAGGCUAGGGUUUAGGGUGGGGUGUAUUGAUGCAGAGCAUUGUCAGUGAUUUGAUAUUUACGUUUUGUAAGGAUUUAUUUAGAACUUUUUUUCUGGUAAUGUCCAGGUAAUUGUGUAACACCUUUUUGGGACUGUCCAUUGUGUGGUUCCUGUAUCGGAGGUGUCACUUCCCCCAUUGGCAGUUCAAGAGGAAGCCCUCACUGUUUGUUUCUAUCUCUCUGCAGAGUUCAAAGAGGCUUUCUCGCUCUUUGACAAGGAUGGUGACGGCACCAUCACCACCAAAGAGCUGGGCACUGUGAUGCGCUCUCUGGGCCAGAACCCCACAGAGGCUGAGCUGCAGGACAUGAUCAACGAGGUGGACGCUGAUGGUGAGGAGCCAGCUCUGACACAACACUUCCUCUUAUGACACUACACACACUGAAGAUAUGCCUUAAACAUGUUUCUCUUUCCAGGUAAUGGAACGAUAGACUUCCCGGAGUUCCUGACAAUGAUGGCGAGGAAGAUGAAGGACACAGACAGCGAGGAGGAGAUCAGAGAAGCAUUCCGUGUCUUUGACAAGGUAACACUCCCAUCUAGAUUCAUCCUGACAAAGUUUGGGUGCAGGGUAGUGCUCUUUAACUGACGUGUGCGCUGCUCUAGGAUGGGAACGGUUACAUCAGUGCUGCUGAGCUGCGCCAUGUGAUGACAAACCUUGGGGAGAAGCUGACCGAUGAGGAAGUUGAUGAGAUGAUCAGAGAAGCAGACAUUGAUGGAGAUGGCCAGGUCAACUAUGAAGGUUGGUACAAAAUAUUAAUUAAACAGAUCCAAGAACCUACAACUUUAGGACAUUGGGAGAGUAACAUUGCUGUAUUUAUUUUUCUCUCCCUUGCAGAGUUCGUACAAAUGAUGACGGCGAAGUGAAGGCCUUGUACAGAUGUUUCUUAUAUAAAUAACUUGCCUUUUUUUUCUGUGGAAUUAAUCUGUAAAAUCUUAAUAUCCCCCUCCCUGCUGUCCAAAGGAACUGCAUGUAAACUGCAUAGGCUGAGUCCCCAUGUCCCUUUUUUUUGCUACCAUCAUGUUUUGGAGUUGUACUAACGGGUGCCCGUCGCAGCCCCAGGGGUUGGAGAGCGCUUAGAAUCUUCACGUCAUGUCGGCGCCGUCCCGGACAAGUGACGACGUUGGCGACCUGUCAGCUGGUUGUCACUUGGCAACUAUGUUGGCAUGGAAAUGGUGUAGAGGAGUAACUCUGCAUGGACUACGGACAAAGUAUAUAUGGAAGUCUCUCAGCAUUGCACUACUGCAAAGAAAAUGUUUUCAAAACUAUUGUAUCUUCUAGGUACACGUAAACUCUUUUUGUAUCUGCUGUUCUUUACCAGAAAACAACUUUGUUUUAAUCUUACUAUGCUUUUUAAUGUUUUACUCCUUUUUUAUGGCCUUUGGCCAUGCUUCAAAUAAUCCAUUCCAAGUUGUAUAUUUUUGUUUUCCAAUAAAAUUUACAAUUUACCCAGGUUUUAAAAUGGUCUUUUCUCAGCCGUAAUGGAUUGUGGCGUUUGUAAUAGUAAACUUUUUGUAUCAAGGAAAGAUGCUUGUUUUGAUAUAAUAAUACAAAAAUGCUAUUUUUGCAUAGAAAUUGACAUGAAAGAUGUUUAGCAUUUACUCAAGUGACAUGUAAAUUUCACGAGCACUGAAUAUGUGCAUCAGCCAAUGCCUCUUAACAUUCAGCUAAGCUCUGAUCAAAUUUGUAGUCCUUUAAAAAUAAAAGGACUUAAUGAGAUCAAAGGAUUUCGUUUUUAAUGGUACUCUCCAUUAGAUUAUCAAUUUACUGUCUGGAUCUUUUGCUAAACGGUUGCAUUGUCUGAUUAUAUUGGCUCGGUACCAGGCAGAAGCUGACUGCCUCGUGUCUUAAUUGGCACAAGUCUUCAUCACGAGUUGCCUGAAUUGCAGGUAAUGUCAGAACACCAAGGAUGUAAAUAGAACCGUGCCCAUUUGUUAGGUAAAUGUUGAAUUUGUUAAUUUGCAGAGAUGCUAAGUUUGAAGAUGAAAUAAAGCUCUUUAUUGUGGAA